GAUGGCGACAGAUGUCUAGAAAACUGUGAGGGGCACUCCUCAUUUACCACACAGUUCCAGGCUGCACCUCGGAGAGCAGGGGCGGAAUCCGCAGCUGUCACUCCAAAGGUUUACCUCCAUUAUCACAUUCAGCCGGCGCUUGGAGAACAGGUCCAACUGAUCACUCUCUAGAAAUACAGGAGACAUCAUGGGAGGCAAACUGAGCAAGAAGAAGAAGGGAUAUGAUGUGAGCGACCCCAAGGAGGCGAAGGCUGAGAUUAUAACUACAGCUGCUGGUGCAGUGGAGCCAGCUAAAGUGGAGGAUGGUGCUGCACCCACAGGAGCUGAGGCUGAGUUGACAGCCAAGGCAGACAGUGCAGUAGAGGAAGCGGUGGCAACCGCUGUGGCAGCAUCUACAACUGAAGCUGUAGAAGCUCCAGUGGAGCCAAAAUCUGCACCUUCAGAAGAACCAGCUGCUGCAGCUCUAGAGGAGGCUGCUCCAAUACAGGAAUCAGAUGCAGCAGCAGGGGAAGCUGCUCCAGUCGCAAAAGAACCAGCUGCAGCAGCAGAGGAAGCAGCUCCAGUCGCAAAAGAACCAGCUGCAGCAGCAGAGGAAGCAGCUCCAGUCGCAAAAGAACCAGCUGCAGCAGCAGAGGAAGCAGCUCCAGUUGCAAAAGAACCAGCUGCAGCAGCAGAGGAAGCUGCUCCAGUCGCAAAAGAACCAGCUGCAGCAGCAGAGGAAGUAGCUCCAGUUGCAAUAGAACCAACUGCAACAGCAGAGAAAGCAGAACCAGUAGCAGAGGAAUCUGCUCCAGUAGCAGAGGAGUCAGUUACAGCAGCAGAGGAGUCAGUUACAGCAGCAGAGGAACCAGCUCCAGUAGUAGAAGAACCAGUUGUAGUAGCAGAGGAAUCUGCUCCUGCUGCAGAGGAACCCGCUCUAUCAGCAGAGGAGUCAGCCCCAGUAGUACAGGAACAAGCCCCAGUAAAGCUCCCAGAGGCUACAGCAGCAGUAGAGGCAGUAGAGGAACUGUCGGCUCCAGCAUCAGAAGAACCUGUGCAAAGUGAGGUUGAACCUGAGCUUGCUGCUGUACCUCAAGAACCUGCUGCAGCUGUGGAAUCUGUGCCAGAACCAGAGGUUGUUCCAGCCAGCCCAGAGAAAACACCUGAGGACCAGGAGCCAGAACCCAUCCCAGAGACUGUUACUGAGCCUGAAGUAAAUGUGGAGGAGACAAUGGUGCCUGCUGCUGUCCCUGAACCUGAGCCAAUGGCGGAACCAGCUGUAGAACCAGUGCUGGAGCAAGCUCCAGAACCAGAGCAAAUCCUCGAGCUAGAGCCAGAGCAAGAACCAGACCCAGAGCAUGUGUCAGAACUGAAGCAGGAACCAGAGCCAGAGCCAGUGGAAGCACCCAAGCCAGAACCCGAACCAGAGCAAGCCCCAGAGCCAGAGCUAGGACAAUCACCAGAGCCAGAACCAGAGCAAGUACAAGAGCCAGAGCCUGAGCAAAAGGCUGGUGCAGUGGAACAAACAGCAGAGGAAAAAGUAGAAGAUGUUGAACCAGAACCAAUCGUAGCAACAUCUGACAUUUCUGAACUUGAGACUGUGGAAGCAGAAGCAGAUGCACCUGAGGCCUUGGAGACUGCAGCAGAGGUGGCCCCCACCCAACCUGAAGAUGAGGAACCUGUUGCAACAGAAGCUUUCUGCACUGAGACCACAGCUGAGUCAGAAGCAGCAGAACCUAUCCCUGAGAUUGUCAUCUCAGAGUCUGUGUCUGCCAGCAAAAUUACUGCUGAGUCUGAAGAGGUAUCUGAAGCCUCUGUGGAAGAGGUGCCUUGCCCAGAGCCAGACGUCGAAACCAAGAUGGAAAAUGGAGAUUUAAAGAGCCCUUCUGUUACAGAGAAUGUGGCAGCACUUCCAUCUGUGAACGGAGAGUGCACAGAUUCUCCUGCCACCACUGUGGAAUGUGUUAACGGUAGUGAAAAGCCAGAGGAGACGCCUAUCAAGGAACAGAGUGACUUUGAACUGAAAAAAGAUGUGAACGUGAGUGGGGAUGUCCAGGAAGUUCCAGAUGCAGUGUCCGACAUGGUGGAAGGUCUCAGCACUGAGGUCACCCAGGCAGUCUGAAAAGAAGCCCUCUUUCAAAUCAAUGUGAAUCCAGUUUAAUCCUCCCGACGGUGUGAGAAAGCCAUCAAGGUAUCAGAAACACAGCUAGGCUUUCUGAAAUGCUGUAACCACCACAAUGUCUAUAGUGGUAACUCAGGCAAAAGGAUGUUUUCUUUUGAGUAACCAAAAAAAUGAAAUGCAACCACUUGAGAAUUGAAAGAGAGACAGACAGGCAGAAAGCAAGUGAGAUGGAAGUGCAGAGGGCAGAUUUGAGUUUGGAUGAGUGUAGACAGAAAGUGAAACUUGACAGCAGAGCAAAAAUACUGGACAGUGAAGAUGAUGUUAUUGAAUGAAAUGAAUAAAUCUGUCUUUGUGUGGGAGCCCGAUGAAUAUUACAAAGUGGUUUAUUGGAACAGCAUUCUUUAUUAGUAUAUUAUCUGAUUUAGAAUUUCAUAUAUCCUUUCUAUCACUAUACGGAGAGACAUGACAUAACUGUUUUGGCCUUUUAUAAUAAUGGUACCUGUGAGGACUGUUAAUUUUAAAUGGAUUGUUCGGAAUAGAGAAUAAAAAGAGAUUGUUAUA